GACGCUUGCGGCCCCGCCCCCUCCCCUCCAUAGUCAGUUUGGUGUGCCGCCGACGGGCAGAGAGUGACGGGGAGGUGGCCGGAGCGCGGACGGCAGAGUGUGCGGCCACCGGGCUGACAGGCCGCGGCUUCCGUAGGAGGCAGACGGCGGCAUACACCCCUUCACGUCCGUGGCCGGGCUGCUGGUAGCGGCCUCGGGAUGUCAGCGACUUAUGGCUCGCUGGGGCUAAUGACAGGAGGCGGGGAAGCGGCGACGCUGGCCACUAGUGCCCCGCUGCUGCCCCAGCCUCAGGAGAGCUUCCCUCCGCUGCCCGCGCUGCCAUUAGCCUUCGAGGGCCUGGGGCUGGGCCCUGUGGAAGAAGCGGACUCCCUGGACGGGCCGGAGUAUGAAGAGGAGGAGGUGGAGAUUCCUCUCAGUGCGCCCCCCACCAACCAGUGGUAUCAUGGUAAACUGGACAGAACCAUUGCGGAGGAGCGCCUUUACCAGGCUGGGAGAACCGGGAGCUAUCUUAUCAGGGAGAGUGAUCGACGGCCGGGGUCCUUUGUGCUGUCUUUUCUCAGCAAAACAAAUGCCGUCACCCAUUUCAGGAUUAUAGCAAUGUGUGGCGACUUCUACAUCGGAGGGAGGAGGUUUUCCUCACUUUCUGAUCUUAUAGGAUACUAUAGUCAUGUAUCUUGUUUACUGAAAGAAGAAAAACUCCUUUUUCCUGUGGCACCACCAGAGCCAGUGGAAGACAGGAGAAGAGUACGUGCCAUUCUUCCCUACACGAAGGUCCCAGAGACUGAUGAAAUCAGUUUCUUGAAAGGAGAUAUGUUUAUUGUUCAUAAUGAAUUAGAAGACGGAUGGAUGUGGGUUACCAAUCUUCGCACUAACGAACAAGGCCUUAUAGUUGAAGAUUUGGUGAAUGAAGUGGGCAGAGAAGAGGAUCCCCAUGAAGGCAAGAUAUGGUUCCAUGGGAAAAUCAACAAGCAGGAAGCCUAUAAUCUGCUCAUGACAGUUGGCCAAAUCAGCAGCUUCUUGGUGAGGCCUUCGGACAAUACUCCCGGAGAUUACUCGUUAUAUUUCCGCACGAAUGAGAACAUUCAGCGAUUUAAGAUCUGUCCAACACCAAACAAUCAAUUUAUGAUGGGAGGUCGGUACUAUAACAGAAUUGAUGAUAUCAUAGAACACUACAGGAAAGAACAAAUUGUUGAAGGCUAUUUUCUUAAGGAUCCUGUUCCUGUGCAGCAUCAGGAACAAGUGCUGAAUGAUCUUGUGGAUGGCAAGGAAAUAUACAACACGAUCAGGCGAAAAACAAAGGAUGCUUUUUACAAAAACAUUGUGAAGAAGGGCUAUCUCCUAAAGAAGAGUAAAGGCAAACGGUGGAAGAACUUGUAUUUUAUCUUAGAGGGUAAUGAUGCCCAGCUUAUUUUUUUUGAAAGUGAAAAGCGUGCAACAAAGCCCAAAGGAUUAAUAGAUUUGAGUGUGUGUUCUGUCUAUGUAGUCCAUGACAGUCUGUUUGGCAGGCCAAACUGUUUUCAAAUUGUAGUUCAGCACUUUAGUGAGGAGCAUUAUAUAUUCUACUUUGCUGGGGAAACUCCAGAACAAGCUGAGGACUGGAUGAAAAGUCUUCAGGCAUUUUGCAGUCUACGAAAAACAACGCAAUCCUCUUCCAAUAAACGGCUUAGACAGGUCAGCAGUCUUCAUUUGCACAUAGAAGAAGCACACAAGCUGCCAGUCAAACAUUUCACUAGUCCUUAUUGUAACAUCUACCUGAACAGUGUACAGGUAGCAAAGACCCAUGCCAGGGAGGGUCAGAACCCGGUUUGGUCUGAAGAGUUUUUCUUUGAUGAUUUAUCACCGGAUAUAAACCGAUUUGAAAUUAGCCUAAGUAACAAAACAAAGAAAAGCAAAGAUCCUGACAUAUUAUUUAUGCGCUGCCAGUUAAAUCGACUGCAAAAAGGACAUGCAAUAGAUGAAUGGUUUCAACUAAGUUCUCACAUACCAUUGAAAGGUAUAGAGCCAGGGUCUCUGCGUGUCAGAGCGAGGUACUCUAUGGAGAAAAUCAUGCCAGAAGAAGAGUACAGCGAGUUUAAAGAGCUUAUACUUCAGAGGGAGCUGCAUGUUGUGAAUGCAUUGUCACACGUAUGUGGACAGGAUCGAACACUACUUGCUAGCAUUUUACUGCGGAUUUUCCUACAUGAAAAAAUGGAAUAUCUACUUUUGCGAACACUAAAUGACAAAGAGAUCAGCGUGGAAGAUGAAGCUACAACUCUUUUUCGAGCAACAACCUUGGCUAGCACGCUGAUGGAGCAGUAUAUGAAAGCUACCGCUACUCCAUUUGUUCACCAUGCCCUGAAAGACACCAUUCUAAAAAUAAUGGACAGCAAACAGUCAUGUGAGCUGAAUCCCUCCAAGCUGGAGAAGAAUGAAGAUGUGAAUGCUAAUUUGGCCAACCUCUUGACUUUACUUUCAGAAUUGGUGGAGAAAAUUUUUAUGGCAGCAGAAAUACUUCCUCCAACUCUGAGAUAUAUAUAUGGGUGCUUACAGAGAUCUGUUCAACAGAAGUGGCCUUCUAAUACAACAAUGAGGACAAGAGUUGUUAGUGGCUUUGUUUUUCUGCGACUAAUCUGCCCUGCCAUCCUUAAUCCAAGGAUGUUUAAUAUUAUCGCAGACUCUCCUUCGCCAACUGCAGCAAGAACAUUGACGCUGGUCGCCAAAUCUUUACAAAAUUUAGCGAAUUUGGUUGAAUUUGUAGCCAAAGAACCUUACAUGGAAGGAGUCAAUCCAUUCAUUAAAAGUAACAAACACCGCAUGAUCAUGUUCUUAGAUGAACUUGGGAACGUUCCUGAGCUACCGGAUACUACUGAACACUCUAGGACAGACCUGUCCCGCAAUUUGGCAGCUUUACAUGAGAUGUGUGUGGCACAUUCUGAUGAACUCCGAACCAUUAGUAAUGAACGAGGUGCCCAGCAGCAUGUCCUCAAAAAGCUUCUAGCAAUCACAGAACUACUUCAACAGAAACAAAAUCAGUAUUCGGUAACGAACAACACCAGGUAGCACACCCUCCUCCGCCUGCUCUGCAUGCAAACACCUGGAAAUUUCUUCACAAUAUCACUUCCUUUUUUGCUCUUUCCAAAAAACAAGCAAAACAAAAUAGCACAUGAUAGCCGCAUGUGAUGUGUGGGACUAUGCAGCAAAAAAAAAU